AUGAUGAAUGAUUUUCAUUCAAGAUUCAAAGAAAAAGUGAGUUUAAUGAACAAAAACGGACUGCUUGAUCUCAAAACUAACUACGCAGCUAGUAAGAGUAUCAAUAAACUAAAAGUUUCUCCGAGCUUAGAACCCCCAUCACCUUCUCUGCCACAGUCUCCAAAUGGUUCUCAAAAGCUGCCAGUUAUCGAGCAUAAGACAAAAAAUAAGAUUUUCACAACUCUUCCACAGAUAAUAUCAAGCUCAAAAAAGCAGGCUCGAGUAAGAAAUAUAAGUCCAAUCCCUAUAAAAGUAAAAGAAUCUUAUCAAGAUCAAGAAGCCUUUUUUAGUAUUUUAAGGAAAUGCAAAACUAAAAAAACAAAGGUAACUGAACGCAUCAAUAUGUCUCCUCUGGGCUCUUAUAAAGUCAACAAAUCUUUUGAUUCGAUUAAACUUUCAAGCAACAAAUUUAGUCCUUAUACAUUUAGCGAAUAUAAAAAUAUUCGUCAGGAGUAUAUAACUCUUGGAGGGCUUGGACCAUCAAUAGGAACUGCUGAAUGAAAAGUGCUAACUCCCCCCCCUCCGUGAGUGAACAAAAAAAUUUUGUUCACUCACGGAGGGGGGUAAUUUUUUUUUUUUAAAAAAAUUUAUAUAUAAAUUUUUUAUAAAAAAAUUGUUUUUCGAAAUUUAAAAAAAAUCCUAAUUCGCAAAAGUUGGAAAGCAAAUAUUCAUUUAAUUUAUAAAAUUUAUGUUUUAAAUAGCAAUUCGUUUAAAAUUAAACAGAAUUAGCUCUAGAUUUCAUUAUUUUAAUUAUCAUUUAUAUAUCAAAAUUUUUUUCCAUAAAAAAUUUUUGUAUUAAAAAAAAUUUUUGUUCACUCACGGAGGGAGGGUGGGUUUUUGGGCAAAAAAUAUAGCGAUUUUUCUAACGGUUUUGUUCACUCACGGAGGGGGGGAGUAAGCAGUAGAGACAGAAGAAGAAAAGAAUACGCAAAACUGCUUGAAACGAACCCUGUCAAGAAAUCCAUGGACAUUGUUGAAAAUUCAACAAGGAGAUAUGCCUCACAAGGAAGGAAAUCCAGAAUUCGACAGCAAGAAGAAUUGAAUAAUAAUUUUGUAUAA